GCCAGCGUUCUCUUUUUUCCUUGUCUCCGUGCAAAUUUUACUUCUUACUAAUUUGGAGUUUCUUCGCCCCUUCCGAAACCUAUUUUAAAUGUCAAACAACACUGUUCUGCGAAACCCUAUUUCCCCCAAAUUGAAGUUGUUAACAUUAUUUUGCUACUAAUUCCACGGGAAUGCAUACUUCUGUUGAGGGAAUUAAACGUCAGUUACCGUCAUGGAUGGUGAAGAAGGUUGGUACCAAUCAUGUGAGUAACUCUGACAAUGUUGGUGAAACUACUUGUUCUGUGGACAAAGGGGACGUAGCUACAGAGAAUGGCGGAAAUCGUAAAACUCAAAAGGAAAAGGAAAAUGCAGAGAUAGAUCACAACAGGGGAGCUUCAAAGAGGAAAUCAAACUUAAAUGCAAAGGGUGAAGCUAAGAGAAAAAGAAAAUCAAGCCAAGGUGAUGGAAGCAGCGGUAGUACCAUUCAAAAGAAGAACAAUAAAGGCAAUGGACCAAUGGAUCAAGCUCGUAAGUCGUCUAGAAAGAAAUGCCGAAAUUUAGAGGAUCAUAGACGUGAUAGUACUGAUGUAAUUCCAGGUCAAGCAUCUGAUGAUGAAAAUGAUCUGGAGUUGACGGUGGAUGAUUUAAUGACCAUAGCAGAACAGUAUGUCAAAGAACAUGAAUACAAGAAGAGGCAAGAAAAAUCCAAUAGACAGGGUGAAUCAAAAUCUCAAAUUCCAACUAAUAGUGAACCAGGCACUGCUCUUGAUUCCUGUUGCAAGAACACAAAAACAACUAGUUCUUCAAGGGAAACUCUCUGUGGUUCCACUCGACCUGGUAAAUUAAUUACUACAAGCACUUUUCAACAAGCUAAUCCUGCUAAAGAAUUUCUGGAGAUGUACUUUGGUUUCAAACCCCUCGAGAAGGAGGAAGAAAAGCAAUCUGUUGUACAUAACUUAGAAUUUACCUAUGAGUGCACUAGACAAAGUCAAGAUGAUCAUGUUGGAGAAGAAGUUGUCCCCUUGACUAAGAAAAGAAGCACUUUGAAAGACAAGGUUGCAAUGUUUCUUGACUAAAACCUGUUAAAUCAUUCGAGAAGUUACGUUUUAUCCUAGAUUGGUUGUAAGUCAAUCAUUUUUGCUAGGGUGUAAAGCUCCUCAUACCUCAAAUUCUGAUACAAUGUAUUUGAAAUGCUAAACACUCAUCGCUAGGGGACACAACAGUAAAGCAUUUUCUUUGACACAUCAUGAGGCAAUAGGUUGUUAGACGCAGCUAUUGUAUAGACUACAUUGUACAUUAUCAUCAGCUCAACCGUAGAAGAUAAGUGAACACAUAAUAAACAUAUGAGCUCUUGUUUUUCUGUCA